GGACGACAAUGAUGGCGGCCACCAGCGAUGAACGGAGUGUUAUGGAGCCUGGGAAAACGAAUUCGGGGCAGAGCCAGCCCAUAGACCGGCUAAAACUGCUCUAUCCUACGGUGGACGAGGAGAAGACGCCGUUGCCGCGUUCCUGGAGCACCAAGGACAAGUACAGCUACAUAGGCCUGUCGCAAAACAAUCUUCGCGUUCACUACAAAGAGAGUCGGGGCCGUGUUGUUUUUUCAGGUUACGGCAAAACCCACAAAGAUGCUGCCAGUGUUCGCACAACGUACCCGAUACCGGCCGCCUGCGGCCUGUAUUACUUCGAGGUGAAGAUCGUAAGCAAGGGACGUGAUGGUUACAUGGGCAUCGGUCUCUCAGCCUCCGGUGUCAACGUAAAUAGACUUCCUGGUUGGGAUAAACAUUCAUAUGGUUACCACGGCGAUGACGGACACAGUUUCUGCUCAAGUGGCACUGGACAACCCUACGGACCGACUUUCACCACCGGCGACGUGAUCGGUUGCGGUGUAAAUCUCGUUGACAACACCGCCUUCUACACAAAGAAUGGCCAUCAUUUGGGCAUCGCCUUCACGGACCUUCCUCCCAAUCUCUUUCCGACGGUCGGUCUGCAGACUCCAGGCGAGGUGGUGGAUGCAAACUUUGGACAAUUGCCGUUUGUCUUCGACAUCGGGGACAUGAUCAACGAACUGCGCGUACGGACGAGAUUACAGAUCAUAAACUAUCCCAUGCCAGACCACGGUCAGGGGCAGUGGCAGACGACUCUUCACAGAAUGGUGUGUACGUAUCUCGUCCAUCAUGGGUAUCUCGACAGCGCCGAGGCAUUCGCCAGCAGCACGGGUCAGGUGUUCGGAGAGGAUUACACCUCUAUCAAAAAUCGACAGAGGGUUAUAAAGCUGGUACAGUCUGGUCGCAUCAGCGAAGCGAUAGACGUGACCAAUCGGUUAUAUCCUGGUCUUCUUGAUCGGGACCCGAACCUGCUGUUCGCGCUCAAGUGCCGUCAGUUCGUAGAAAUGGUGAACGGCAACGAUUCGGAUGUUUGUCAGAAUGGCAACCCCAAUCAGACCAGUGUGAUACAAUCGACCAAAGCGUACGUGAAGUCCGCAAAUCCGACCGGUACCGUGGAAGAGAUGAAUAUCAAUAAUACGAUAAAUGGCACCAGCCCACAGUUCGUCAACGGUCAGAUAGAAGAUGAUGUAGACAUGGAGGAGAGCAGCGUCACUGGUGUAAAUGGUAUCAAGAACAGUAACGGGUAUCAGAAUGGUAAUCUGGACUCGAAUGGGUACAAGUGUCAAAAUGGGGAGGAUGUAGAUAUGGAAAUCGACAACAGUGCCAAUCAGAGUCAACAGCAGAGCAGUAACAUCGCGGAUACUGUGACGUGUAGCAAAAGUAACAAGAAGCAGUUGUGCGGUGGUAACAAGCAGACGAUUGAGAAAAUGUUGGAAUUCGGCAAACAAUUGUAUACACAGUCGGUGAACCUGAGACAGCAGUUCGGAAAGAACGAGAGCAAUAAGAAGAUGUUGCAAGAUGCUUUCAGUCUGUUAGCAUACUCCAAUCCGUGGAAUUCACCGGUUGGCUGGCAAUUGAAACCUCAGGAAAGAGAAACGGUUUGCGCGAGAUUGAAUUCUGCUAUUCUUGAAUCUAUUAACUUAGCCCGUCAUCCGCCAUUGGAAGUCGCAGCAUCUCAUGCUAGAGAACUUAUCCGCGUGAUGGCGAUGAAUGGCUUAGGGGCCUGCGGAUUUGCAUUUGUAGAUAAUAUUAUCCAAUAUUGACGGUGCCUACCUCUGCUGCUACGUCCGCUUCUUCUAUCAGUGCGAGUGUGGUAUGGAAACUCCAUACAAAGAAAAAUUAAGGAUGCAGAGGCGGAACGUGGAGCAGAUUGUUCUGUUAACGCAGCAACAUCGCGAUGUCGCGUGCCUCUUCAGCUAGAGCAGCCGGAUUCGUCGGUGCCUUGGCUCGAUCUCACACCACAGACACGAACAUACAAGGUGAACGCUCAGACCUGCCAGCCAAAAUGACACCUCAUGAAUUUUUAGCUUAAAUUGGGUGGACGGUCACUUUGGAUAACUACCACGACGACCAAGAACGAGAAGCGGCAGUUCACGAUGGGUGAUCCCCCGUUCCCGGUGGCCGAUCGCACAUGUACCGUGGUCGACCAUGUCACCAUGUUUUUGACAUUGUUGUGAUUAUUUAUAUGAUUUUCUGUAUCCCUUUACUUUUUUUCUCCCCCUUUUUACUUUUUUUUGUUUUUGUAUCCGACGCCAGUUUAUCUUCAUUUGCGAUCUACUCAGAUGUUAAAUUGCGACUAGCGCGUUACCUGGAUGUUACGCGCAGCGGUGUCAGAACGAAUGUCUCAUAGUUAUCUAAAUCACGAUAACUCGCGCAUCGUUAGUUAGUAGCCGCAAGCAUUGUGCAAUAUGACGACACGAUAGUAAAAUAACCGUUGUCGGAAGCAAAAAUCAUUUCAUGCAAAGGUGAUGCUUCUAUGAGGCUACUGUUCGUAUCGUCAUACCGUCGAGAUUCUCGCGUUAAUUCGUGUAGAAUGCGGCACAUCGGAGGAUAACGUGUAAUCAAAUUUAUUUGCAUUUAAGCGCGAGUUGUAUCAAGUGUAUUCAACAAUAGGAAAUCAAUCAAACAUCCAAAUUUGAUUAGAUGUAGCCAAAAUUUUCACUGAUGGUUACGGAGGGGAGGGGUAAUAAAUGACGUACUGUUAUACAUUGCGCUUUGUUUACUUCGAAAAAAAAAAAGAAAAAAGAAAAUUCAUUGCACGAACCGAACUAAUCUUUCGCAGAUGUUAACGAUUCUACUUAAUUUUCAUAUAACGCACUCUUAACGAAAGAAAAUACCUUUUUUCCUUGAUAUUAUUUUGACGAGAUAUUUCGGCGCGAAGAUUGCUCUUCGUAUCUUGAUUUUCGCAAUUCUGGGAGCGGCGGAAGCAUGUUCAUUUUAGAGAUGGAUGACGUCUUACGUUUAUAUAAAUAGUUGCGAAAAACAAAAAAUCUGUAAACUUAACUAAGGAACGAUCUUGUACUCUAUAUUAAGUAAUUGUUUUUUAUAUGCGACAUAGUAUAUUAUUAUAUUAU